CAACUCCCAGAAGGCUGCGCGGAAGCAGAACGUGGGCCAGGGAGGACUUCCGGACGCAGACAUCCGGGCCGCCGGGGAAGGGGAGACGCGGGGCCAAGAGGGGAGCUUUGCUUUCUUUUCUCGCAGUGACCAUGACGAAAUUAGCGCAGUGGCUUUGGGGACUGGCGAUCCUGGGCUCCACCUGGGCGGCCCUGACCACGGGAGCCUUGGGCCUGGAGCUGCCUUUGUCCUGCCAGGAAGUCCUGUGGCCACUGCCCGCCUACUUGCUGGUGUCCGCUGGCUGCUAUGCCUUGGGCACUGUGGGCUAUCGUGUGGCCACUUUUCAUGACUGCGAGGAUGCUGCACGCGAGCUGCAGAGCCAGAUACAGGAAGCCCGAGCCGACUUAGCCCGCAGGGGGCUGCGCUUCUGACAGCCUAACCCGAUUCCUGCCCGGACAGCCCUUCCUCCCAUUCCCCAUUAAAGCGCCAGUUUAUUUUCUAA